AUGGCAUCUAGGGCAAAUAAACUCAACGUCCAGAACUUUCCGCGUCCGCCGCUGCUGGAGAAGACGCCUCGUCACCUGCAAAUCAAGUGGAAGGGCGAGACCAUCGCCGACACCAAGGAGGCAUACUGGGUGCUUGAGACUCAUCAUCCACCGACAUACUAUCUUCCCCCGGCCUCUCUCAACAUUCCUCUGGUCAGGACCUCCCGCAAGACGUACUGUGAGUGGAAAGGAGCGGCGACGUACUGGUCUGUGACCAGCCCGGCCGACCGUUCCGAGACGGUUGCCAACCGCAUCUGGUCCUACGGACAACCGACGACGGGCUUCGAGGCCAUCAGGGACUACCUCUCGUUCUACGCCGGGCCGUGGGAUUGUUUUGUAGACGGUGAGAGAGUCGAGCCGCAGCCUGGAGAUUUUUACGGUGGUUGGGUGACGAGCGAUGUCGACGGGAUUGUUAAGGGGAAAGAUGGCAAUCGGGAUCCUAUUGUUUGA